CAGUAUUUGAUGGGGUUCCCUUUUAUGCUAAUUCCGUUUUUCUUUGUGUAGUUCUGUUACGUGGCAAUAAGGUGGUUGUGCGUUAAAUUUCGUUAUUUUUUCCAAAUUUGCUUGUUCACAAUUGUUUCUUCACUGUAGGUGUUCACGAUGGAACCCAGCUCUCUCCAAAUUGUCAGUGCAAACUCCGACUGUACAAUCACAGUGGAUGAGGAAGCCCUUCGCUGCAUCUUGACAAAAAAUGAAAUCAAGGACAGAUAUUUAUCGAUUAUUUCCAUCGCAGGGGUAUUUAGGCAAGGCAAAUCAUUUCUCCUUAAUUUCUUACUGCGUUACUUACGAAUUAAAUAUCGCGAAAUGAGAGAUGUGACCGAUUGGUUGAAAGCAGAAGAUGGGCCUUUGAAAGGUUUCAGCUGGUCUUCGGGCUCCAAACGCCAUACCACUGGAAUUCACAUGUGGUCUGAAGUUUUCCUCACCGAAAAACCAACGGGCGAGAGGGUCGCCAUACUUUUAAUCGACACGCAAGGCGGUUUCGACCACCAAACCACCUUUGAGGACUGCGCCCGAAUUUUUGCUUUCAGUACCUUGAUCAGUUCGGUGCAGAUUUUCAACGUCAUGCGGAGCAUCAAACAGUAUGACCUGACCCAUUUGCAAUGUUUCGGAGGCUACGGUAGUCUAAUGACCAACUGUAUGUCUGUGCCUUUCCAAAAUUUGUGUUUCCUGGUGCGGGAUUGGGCUUGUCCUUAUGAGAAGCCCUAUGGCGCUGAAGGUGGGAGCGCCUACCUGCAGGAGGUCUUCAACUCGCCCCAGAAAGAAGUCAAGGACCAAAUUGAAAAUCUUAAAGGACUUUUCAACGAACUGAGUUGUUUUCUAUUGCCUUAUCCCGGUCGCAUUGUUGACGCGUCUGAUUCGUUUGACGGAAAUUUGGACGACAUUGAUGAGAUAUUUAAGAUUCAAGUGGCGCAGUUUGUGACAAAUUUGUUGUCACCCGAAAAUGUGGUCUUGAAAACGAUUAGCGGCCACAGAGUUAAGGCUGAGGAUUUGCUUUGCUACGUUCACGAAUACAGCAAUGUCCUGAAGGGUGAUUCGUUGCCGAAAAUUGAUACCAUUUUUAAGGCCACUGUUGAAGCGCAGCACAAAUCUGCGUCGUCUCAAGCCUUCAAGUUGUACAAGAGAAACAUGGAUGUUGAAUGCAGACGCAGCCCUAGAGGCUGGACUAUGGAGGAACUGUAUAAAAGACACACAACUAAUAAGAAAAGAGCAGUCGACCUUUACAAGCAAGUGAAAAAAUUUGACGACGCGGUUGUUUUCGACAAAUAUUUGGUUGAACUGAAGGAAAGUAUGGAUGUGGAGUUUCAACAUUAUAGACAAAUAAACGAAGAAAAGGUGCGCGAGUUUGAAGAAAAUAGACGAAGAUUGGAAGAACGCAUAAAUUUAACCAAGGAAAUGUCGAGUGGAAGUGGUGGGUUGAGUACACUAGGAACAGGUGAAAAAAUCGGAGUGGCUGCUGGGGUUAUUGGGGCCGGAUUGGCUUUUGCCUUUGGUGCUUCGAAAUUGUUUGGUCAGAAAGGGAGCAACGAUUAACAUGUCAUGGAAUUAUAUUGGAAUCACAGUCUUGAUGCAAUUUAUGAGUUCAAUACCAGUGUGCUUCGCAAAUGGAUAUUUUUAUUAACAUUUUGUUUUUUUUUAAUUAAGGGAAAUUAUAGAUUAGUGUGGUUGUAAUACGUAUAUUAUAUUAAAAACAGAUUUUAUGGUAUAUAAUUUAAA